AUCCAAGAUGGCGGAGCCGAGCGGCUGAACGAUGUUGACAAACUAGAGACAGGAUCGGGCCUUGAAUUCGCGGAGCGGCGAUGCGAGCAGGCGAUGUGCCUUACCCAUACCUCAUUGUCCUCUCUGUGAUGUGGCGAUAUGAUGUAUUUCAGCAAACUUAGUUUUUCAAUGCGAACACCGGAUAGCUCGAGUAGUCCAUACAAUAAAGAAUGUGAAACUACAAGAUGAACAUUUAAAAUGAGUGUGCUGUCGGUCUGGCUUUGAAUAAUUUUAGAUUUUACAUCAUGAGCAUUGUUCACGACAAAUUAGCGAACGAAUUCCUCAGGAACGGUGGGAUGGAACCAAACUUCUCUUCUGGUAUGAUUAUGUUUAGUCACCUCCCACCAAUCACAAAUUUUUCCAGCCUCGCUGCCCAUUCUGUCACACCAGCUGUACCUCAGGAUUUAAUCCUUAAAAAGGAUCCCGACGCUCCAGCAGAAAAAUACCCUUCAGAGUAUAUGCAACCCACCUCUGAUGUUAAAGAGAAAAAGUUCUCAGCGCAUGAUGGAUUUGUAUUUUUUAAGAAUAAACUACUCGAGGAAGAGGAGAUGGGCAGGGGACAGAGUAUGUUGACUCAUAACCUGAAUCACACCAGUGUGUCACAGGUCAGAUAUGAAAAAGAUUACCUCACUGUUCCAAAACAAGGGAAUGUUAAGAGGGCAAAGAAACAGAACUCCCAAUCUCAGGAUACAAAACCCAAGCGCAAACGAAGUGAAACAUCCAAGUCUUCAACGGGUGGAGAUGGUACCAAUCUUUUACAUGGUCCGAAGGUUCAUAUAUGCGAGCAUUGCUGUGCCUCCUUCCGUAGUUCUUACCAUCUUCGUCGCCACGUGCUCAUUCACACUGGUGAACGACCUUUCCAGUGUAGCCAGUGCAACAUGUGCUUCAUUCAGAAGUAUCUGCUUCAAAGGCAUGAGAAGAUCCACAGUGGAGAGAAGCCGUUCUGUUGUGAUCAGUGUAACAUGAGGUUCAUUCAGAAAUAUCACAUGGAGAGACACAAACGGACACACAGUGGAGAAAAGCCUUAUCAGUGCCACACUUGUCAACAGUAUUUUUCCAGAACAGACAGGUUAUUAAAGCACAGACGAACAUGUGGUGAAGUCCUAGGUAAAAGUGAAAAUGGAAUGGAACCUGGACCAUCCAAUCAAAUGGGAAAUGGUUGUUUCACAUCAACUCAGGGAACUACAGGUGCACGCAAAAAAGCAAAAUCAAAAGCUACAUCUCAGGAGACUAAGGAAAAGGCAGCUCGCAAAAAGAAUAAAACCAACAUCUCUGAACUACCGAGUAGCUUGACCACCUGCAAAGAUAAAUUAUCUGUAUAUAACAUGAAUGAAUAUGCUGUUGAGAUGCCGAUGGUGUCCUCUAGUAUGAAGUUGGGAAGUGAAGAGGAUUUGCAAACUAGGGCACCUAAAUUGGUAAUCAAAAAGGUGAAUCGGAAGAGCCCUCAAAGGACAGGUCUGAACAGUACAACACCUCUUGUUAUACCUGCUACGGAACUGGUGAGACAAAAGCUGAUGGCUAAUAAACAAGGGACUUUGGAAUUGAGCAAUAGCACCAGCAUGGAUAAUAUUGUCUUGCUGCAGAACACAGGCAAUAAGACAGAACAAGCUAGCAACUGCAACUAUGAUGACGCUAUGCAGUUUUUUAAGAAAAAAAGAUACUUGCAAGCUGCUUCCAGCAACAAUGACUAUGCAGUAAGUAUAGGACAGAUGGCAUCUCAACAGUCUGUAAUUCAGGCAGCAGUUGCCAGUGUGAUGGAUAAUGAAGCCUCGCUUACACUGCUGGACUCUUCUCCAAUGAAUGUGGAUGUGAAAGUCUGUCACGAAAAGUCUGGAAUUCCAGAUGAGGUCCUUCAGAGCCUUCUGGACCAAUAUUCCCACAAACAUGAGGGCCAGCAUGAUGUUCCUUUUGAUAUGACUGACCAACAUAUCCCAAUCCAUUCUUCAGGAGAGAAUCCAGAAAUACAUGAGAAUGCUGUUUGCCCAGAAUCACAUGCAUCUCGUGGUGACAAAACAGGAAUGCUCCAAGAAUAUUCUAAGUAUCUGCAGCAAGCUUUGGAGAGAACAAGUCAAAGUGACGGUUUUUCACUAAGCCCAGGGAUGCAGUUUUGUCCCACUAGUCUUCCAUCGAGUCUCCCCAGCCAUAAUUUAUUCCCUGACAAACAGGCUUAUACCACACCUGCACUUGAGUGUGGUUUCAGUCCAUCUAUUACCUCAGUAUUGCCAACCACCUCACCAAAAUCACAUUUUGGUUUGUUGGUUGGAAGUUCCCAGCCUGGCAUUCACUUUCCUGGUACAGAAGCUGCUCAUCAAAGGCUGACGCCAUCCCAGGAGUUGGUGGGGCAGCUGGAACAACAAAAGAACUUGGAGGCUGGCCUGAACCAUCAGGUCUAUCAGAUUGAGAAUUUUGCCCAGGCCUUUGGAUCUCAGUUUAAGUCAGGUGGUAGAGUGCCGAUGACUUUCAGCAGUGGCACCAGUGAAGAGGCAGGCCACAGAAUAAGGACUACAGUUUCUGAAUUCUCAGGGUACACUAAUUUGUUGUCUGAUGCUAAUGAGCCAAUUAGUACAGGAGCCAAGACUCCAACCAGCCAAAGUUACAGGUAAGGUCAUAAGUAUGACCAGGCUGGAGGGCCUUGAGUGCUUGAUACCAUGUUUUCAACCAUGUGUAAGCACAUUGCCAGUCCAAAUGUUUAUAUAUCAGGUUCUGAGAAAAAAAUGUAAAAUGUAUGAAGCCCUUCCAAUGCAACAUUUUACCAUUUUGUUUGGUGCAUUCAGUCUGUAAUCAUGUUAGAACAGUUUGUAUUAGGAAUAAAUUUUAAACACAGUGGAUAGGCAGAAAAUUAAAUAAGUCUGGAAUUUUUUUCUCAGUGGAUUGGGAAAUGUUUUAGCAAAAUAGCAUGACUUGGAUGGGGUUAAAUGUUUUUUUUUGUGGGAUUUGUGUUUUUUUUAAUUCAACUGUACUAUUAAUGAGAAAAAGAGAAACUCAAAGCAUCAGGGAAAUGCUCAAAGUUCAAUUUUCAAAAUAGAGACAUCAUUAAUAUUGAGCUAUGGCUCUAGUUUAUAGUAUGACUCAGGAAACAUUUGAUGCAGUAAGGGGAGAUUUCUAUUGAAACAAAUUCCACAAGCACUGACUUGAAAGGGGAGCGGAACUUUGAUGUCGGGAAUUUUGCUAUGUACAUCUGUGCAUUGAAGCAUUUGGUCCCUGAAAACAGCUUUGAAACUGCAAAGCAGUAACCUCAUUGAGUCAAGAGGAACUAAUGACCAAUUUCAUUUCAGUGUAGUAAUAAGAAAAGUUUUAAAAAAAAUAAACUUAAAAAAAGUAGGUAGGCAAGACUUUAUUUACCUCAUUCUACAUUUUGAAAGCCCUGAAUAGGCAGGUACCAAUGCAAGUAUCAGUAGUACAAGUAGCAUGAAUCGACAUUGCGUAAAUGUAAUAAUUCCCACUGUUACCAUUAGCAAUGUUUACAGGUUAAAAAAAGACCUUUGUUUCAGAAAACUGCAAAGUACAGGGUGAAAGGAUGAAACCGCAGUUCUGUGCAGUGAAAAUCAUGGGUGCAAAGUAUAUUGAAAGGUUCAGUAUGCUACAUCAUAAAGUCUUUUUAUACAUUUCAUAGUGUUGCAAAGCAUAGUGUUACAAUUCAGAUUUGCCCAUCUGUUUGAUGGUAACAACCUGCUAAUAUAAUAGCCAUUAAAAGUGUGUGGUAUUUUGCUGCUUUGAUUUGAGUUUUAAGAAGUUGAAAAUGAGAAAUGGUCAAAAGUAACAAAUUUAGUUAAACCAACACAUGCCUCGUUGGCCUAGUUGUAUAUAUUCAAAGUGCUUUUACUUUGAUUCUGUAUUCCAUCCUGAAUGCCUAAGGACUCAAGUGAUUACAGUACAUAAGCUUUGUUAUUUAUAAUAGUUUGUGUAGUUUCAGAAGGAUGUCUGUAAGAUUGCUAACAAUUAUAUUGUAUGUUUGAAAAAGUUGUAUUUGACUUGAAUUAUCUCAAGGGUCAGUUAGAAAAUCUUUCUUAUCUGGGAAAAGCAAGUGGAAUACUAGGUAAAGUCUGGUCGUGGAUUGUAAGUCUAGAGUCAAGGAUGUCUCCUAGAGUUUUUCAACCCAUAAUACAUCCAGUAGUGCAGUGAUCAGAAAUUGUCUGAAUAGCAGUAACCAUGAUCCAAAACUUCCUUUUUUAAGAUUGGUGUUAGACCUGCUUUUGAAUUAUACUAGUAGUGUUUUCAUGGCUUCCUGGACCUAACUGUACAUCAAUUCAUCAUUAAAGUAACCACGCCUUUAAAACCAGUGUAAACUAAACAGUAGAUAAGCUGUUUAGAUAUGUAUUUCAUUGAGGCUACAUGACCAGCUAAUCAAUACGCUGCCUAUUUUUUGUUGUCAGUUUGAUCAAGCAUUUUUGAUUCAGUCUCCAGUGGAACAGGUCAGUAGAGGGCUGCUCUUUUACCAGUAUAGUGAAAUUAGAUCCUUUUUUUAACUGACUAACAUUGUAACAGUGUAGGACUUGAAAUUUACAUGGUGAUCUGAUACAUUCAGAUGAAGGAGGCCCUCAUCCCAGUUGGAUUCUGCUUUCCAUAAUACAAAAUCUAUUGUCUUCCUAUUACAGCAGCCAGCUGUAUCUUAAAUUAUUCCAGUGACCUCAACUCAAACACUCUUCCUGAUAACCCAUUCCAUUUGUCCCAAAUUUGCCCUUUGCAACGCUAAAUCCUUUAGUCCUGCAACCCUGAGUUAUCGAAAAUUAUUGCUUUGAGUUUCUUUACUCUAAUUUCUUACUUCCACAAAUUCCUUGAGACUUGCAACAGCUGCCAGUAAAUCUUGACAAGCAUACCCUAAAAUUUCUAAAGCAGAAAACUAAAAUAUGAAAAUCCCCAAAUGUGAUCACUGUAAUUGGAGUGGUUUGGUCACCUAAGCAAAGAGAAAUAUGCUUUUAUAUUUUUUUUUUCUCUGAUAAUUUGCCAAGAAGUCUUUCUAGAACUUCACUGGAUUUUGACUGCUUAGUCAAUUGCCACCAUGUCCUUCAAAAGUAAAACAUAGGUAGUGCUUUAAGUGAAGUAAAAAAUAACAAUUUACUUGUGGACGGGAAAGGCGCAGCACUGAGUUGCAGUCUUCUACAAUUUUUUAAUACUAUUUUAAAGCCAACAAAAUUAAUUGCCUUUUGGGUAAUUUUAUUUUACUGUUAGCUGUUCAUUUUACUGUCCACGAGAAUAAGAAAGCAAAACUGCCAUUAUUGUAAUUAUAUAAAACUAAAUCAUUCUAAAAGGGAACAGGCCCAAGUGUUGAAAGAACCAAACACUGUUGGUAUUGGCAGUAGAUUCUGAAUAUAAUCUGUGGACAAAAUCUACGAAAAUCCAGGUAUGUUUAAUGUCUAUAAAAAUUGACAGAAAUUGAACAUUAUUUUCCUGCUUUUGGAAAAUAAGGCCCUGUUCAAAUGAACAAACUUGUCCUGUCUUAAAUGCAGAAACUGUAACUUGCAGUAAAGCAUAACUGUUUUAGAUGCUUGCCAUGCUUUUCAGUUGAUUUUUAUUUUUGGUUAAACCUAUGUGUGAUUUAAGGACUGUAAUGAAAAAUUAUGUUUCCUAUGUUGAUUGGAUGAGAAGCACUUGUCCUUUUUUUUCCGGUUUUUAACAUUGAAAGCAAAAAUUUCAAUUUAAACAAAAAAAAUGUGACUUCAUUGUUAAUGGACUUUACCUCAUUCAAGUUGCCAGAUCAGAAUCCCAUCCUGUGGAUGAGUGCUUUUUUCACAUGCUAGUUUGGAGUCAUUGCUGAGUUAAGCAGCAGUUAUAUCAAUUGGUGAGGGGGGGGCGGUGGUGUGUGUGAAGGGGAACUGAGAAAGACUGAAGUCCUUGUGUCACAAUGGUAGUAGCAAAUAGGCCAUAAUAUUGGAGGAGUUGUACAAUGAGUGACCCUAAUAAUGCACAAACAUCAAUUUAGUUUUCCAGUUAUGCUUGCCUAUACCUUCUUGUGAGGAUAUCUUGAUGGAAGAUUUUUUUUUUCAAGGACAUAUUUACAUUUUAGCAGUAAGGCCACAGCAUUUAAAAGACAUAAAUAUUUAGCCACAACCUAAUAAGACUAAAUCAGUUAGUUACAAUUUAUCCUUUCCCACCUUUGUACAAUGGAGCAAUAUUGAAAAGAAAUGAUUCGGUACUAAAUUGUUUCUUGUCACAAGGGGAAGUGUCAAGUGAUUUCCAAAAAAUGGAUUCCAUCAACCAGUUUGAAGGUAAUUGGCUCUUGAUCUUUUAAAAGAAAACAAUCCAAUACCACAAUGCAUCAGAAUGGUUCUGCAUCUAAAAGGCUUAACCAUUCUUGUUCCUAUUGUGAUUAUAGCCUAUUGAUCAUCAUUAAAGUUAUUGAUAAGUUGAAAUUAGAAUUUUAUACAAAAUUGAAUUUUACAGUUUUGAUUACUUCUACUUGGAGAGGACAGAGACACUAGUUUAAAGUACUCUGUGUCUUGUAUAUGAUGCAAUUGUUUUAUGGAGCAUUCAUUUUACUUUGACUUCUGCUAUUGACUUUGUUAUUGCACACUUCAUCGCUUUCCAUUUUCAGUCUGCAGUUACAUCAGGUUUCUAUUUUCUGCUUGAGGUUAUGAAGACCAGUUGCUAAUCCUUUUUCACUUUGCCCCACUCUUGAUUGUUGUCUGGUUGGAAACUUAGAUUUGCAAUUUCGUUUCAUGCAUUUAGUGACCUGGUCUGUUAUUGAAUCCAGCUUUCACAAAUAUGUAGGCUUCACCACGAUGCCAUAGUGAAUGGCCAGCUAUGAAAUACCUUCUGAUGAAUCUCUUAAAACAAGGUGACUAGAAUAUUCAAAUUUAAUACACUCCAUCUAUAUUCACCUACUUUUAUCAGAACAUUAUAGACUAAAUCAGGUAUUGUAUAUAACUACCUUUUUAUCAGCUUAUUUGCUGUAAAAUACUUGUCAAGUAUGUCUGGAUUGUGUGUUCAGAGAUAUUUGUUAUACUAAUUGCGUACUUUCAGUAGAUUAGAUGAGGUAAUAAUUUGCUGGCAAUUUAAUACUCCUCUGGCAGAGGUCAUACUCUGUAUCAAAUGCAUUUUUUCAUUUGCACCUUUACUCAAUAGAUUAUAUUUUUAAAGCUAUGACUGGUCCUCAGUAAAUCAUAUUAUUAAGCGCCAUAAAACAACUUACUAAACCACUCCCAUGUGCGUGUGUAUGUGUAUCACAGUGUUGGUAAUAGUGAUCUGUAGUCACUGUAAUAUUUCCCAUUGAAAAUUUUGUGAAAUGUUCAACCGAUAAUAGAAAAAUUGAGUUUGGAUUUCAGGAACAUUCAAAUUGUAGUCGCACACCAGCUGUAAAUCGGUUUUAUAGUAUUAUGUCAUCAUUACAUCUUCAAGAGAAAAUGGAACUGUUAUGACAUUAUUUAAUUAACAACAUGAGUAAAGGCCUCCUAUGACUUCAUAGCAAUAAUGAAUGUUAUAUAAUGGAUUCCUGUUUCCUGCUUUCAUAGAUCAGGGUAGAAUAAAAUUAGUUAUAUAUAAUAGCGGCGGGAAUAAUCAGACUUAAGCAGCUAAAGAUGUUAAAAUUUUAAUCUUUUUUUUUUCCAAUCCUAUUGCCCUGAAAACACUUCCCUGAUGCAUUUUUCUGGCAAGACCUUGUGAAUUUUGCCCAAUCUAAAGACUAGAACAAAGUUAUAUGCUGCUAGUAAUUUUUAGAUCUAUCUUGAAGGGUAAUGAGAUCACAUCUUCUAUAAUUAACAGUGCUGUCCCAAGUAGUUAUUGAUUGCCAGCUGCCAAGUGUUGGCAAAUUUCUAGAUACAACUGUAUUGCUGAGCCUAGCAGUAUGUACAGCAAAAAAAAAAUCCAAAUGUAAUAUUUCGUUAAAAUAUAUAUUCUAACAUUGCUAGCUAAAAAUUUAUCCCUCAUUAGGAACUCAUUUGACCAACUUGUCAGAUUUGAAAAUAGCGAUCAAGGCUUAGAUUCUUAGAACCAACUUUAGAAAUUAAAUUUUGCCUCUACCAUGAAGUUUUGUAGCUCGAUAAUACUUUGUCGUUCAAUAAUAUUAUGAGCAUCUUCAUCACCAAAUUUGGAAAUAAUAUGAAUGAAUUUGUGACUUCGCAAUCUAGCCAAAUCCAGCAGAAACUUUUAAAAUAUAGCUCAAUGACACUGAUUCAGUGGCAAUCUCUUUCACAAACUGCUCCCAAGUUUGGAAAGAGGAAUCAAUAAGCUAAAUUUAAAUUUGUUUCUUCUACAGUAUUCAAUUUUAAGCUUGUUUGUAAAAUACUGGCCUGGUUGCCUAGAAAUGAUCACAAGGUGAGCACAGUUAAUUAACUAAUCUUGCUUAAUAUGCUGAAUACAAUGUGAACUACCUUUUCUAUGAAGAAUGCUUUUGCAAUUUUUGAUUUCUUCCCAAGGAGGUUAUUUCUGAUUAGGAAGAACUGUAGUACAAUGUACCUUCAAAUAACAUCAUUGUGUGUACUGCAAGGUCACAGGACAUACUCUGCAUGAAUAGAUUUCUAUGUAAUUGAGUUAUAAGGAAAGUGAACUGUAUGCUUGUCUGAGACCUUAAAACACCAGUGAUUAAUACACUAUUGCAAAAUCAGGCUGUGUACCUUUAAUUCAAGGUGUAAUGGAGUGUCGAGAUAUGGUGUCUUUGUUAAAUGUCUAUCCCCAUGUGCCAAUUAAAAGGAAAAGUGAAUGUGCUGCAUGAAGCAUUGAUCGGAUUUAGCCUCCUGAGUUACUUGGUCGAUUUAAUCUUUAAAACAAGUUACAGACAAAUGAACCUCUUGGAAGGGCUAUCAGAGACUGGCUCAAGUUUUAAAAUAACUUUACAUGUGUUGCUGACCACCGGACCCUGAAUUUAAGUAAAAGGCAUUUGAUGUGGGCUGUAUUCUUUUCUGCUUCCUGCCUUUUAUGCUGAUUAGCACCUUUCUAGUCUUUUGCAACCAUCAUAUGGAGCAAGUGAACCUUUUUAGAACUUUGAAUAUAGGAUUUUUUUUCAGGUUUUCAUCACUAAGGAAAAAAGCCCUACUAUUUCAAGUUUAAAUUCUAGCAGGAAAUUCAGAUGCUCCAUCUCUUCCAGUGUAACUUUGUACCAUAGCGUCACAUUGGAAGUCUUCAAUUAUGGGUUAUGUUUAUAGUACUGAAUAGUUUAGACUGUAGUUCGUAACCUUUUCCUUAUCUACCUGCAUUUAUGUCUAGAAAGCUUAGUAGAUUUUAAUUUUACAAUAAAGAAACAAACUGCAAUUGUAUCGAGUCAUACCAUUUCAUUUUGGCAAGUGCGAAGAGAGAAACGUCAGAAUUCUCUUCUUCUCUUCUCCCCCCUCCCCACCCACUCCUCCCCGCCAUACACAGACUUAUAUUCACAAGCAAAAGAGGUAUGAACAAUGAUUUGUAAAUCAAGAUGUUAGAGCACUACUUAUAAAAGAACGCUGGAGUUACUCCUAGUCACCUGUCCACAUUAGUACCAACUGCAGACUGACAUCAGAAAAGCCUUAUUUGCAUCAUACCUAAGGUUGCCAACUCUGGACAUAUUCCUGGAGGUUUCAUCAUGUUACCUCUCACCUCCAGCCAUUCCAACCAGUCCAACAGCUAUUUUCCCCAUCUUCAAUAUUUUCAUAGCUAGUAAAGAAAAUGAAAAAUGUUCCUAUGAUUUUUCUUCCAGGUUCCUCACAGCAAGAGAUUAACCUUUAAUUCCUGGAGACUCCAGGAAAAACCUAGAGGGUUGGCAAUCCCUGACCCCCAUCUCAAUCCUGAUGCUCUCAAGGCAAAUUCAGUAGUGCUUCUCACCCUUGGCAAUAUGAAAACAACAGGACAGGAUAUUGAGAUAAUUAAUCCAGGUGGUGAUCUAUGCAAAUUUUAUUUUACAAAUAUAAUAGAGCUUCCUUCCUACUGAACAUAUUUCUCAACUUGCAACUCUUAAGACUGCAUUGACAGGACCUUGGUAGAUCUUUAAGCAACUAAAUAUAUUUAAAAACUUUGAGAGCUAUUCUGUUCUCUUGUAGAGCUGCAGACGUUCCAUUGUCAUGAAAAGCCAUUACAGUGUAUGCCUUGUAAAUAUUAUACAUCUAUAAUAUUUAAAUAAUAUUUUCACCAUAAUUCAAAUAUGUGAAUGUUCAGAGGUCAUUUUUUUCAUGUCUGUAUAAACCUCAAUUAUCAAAUUUAUUGACUACUUAUCCUGCUAUUCUCAUGAGGUGUGAACAGGCUGACGUCAGUUCAUUUGAUACGCCAACGCAAGGAUUUUUAAAUAAUGCUAUAUCAAAUCUGUUAAUUACAAAAAAGGCACAAUAAAUGUGUAAGUUUGUAAUUUAGAUUUUCAAAAGAACUCAUGAUCUUUCCUAUGUGAUGCAGUUAAAGGGAGUCUACUGUUUUUUGGUUUUUUGCACAUGACUAGUUCUCAACCUGUGUAGAAAUUAAAUUUGAGAUUGCAUAAUGAACAUGAGUGAAGGGGGCAGAAAUAAGGUUCUGCGGUAAUGCUGUAGUUAGAAAGCAUGUAUGUCAUGCAGUGGAGACUUAAAACAACACUUGCAGCUAUUAUUAAAGCACCAAAAACAAAUGCAAUAUUCUGUGAACUAGGAAAGUCUGUUAUCUCUCUAUUUAAACCGUUAGCCUUAUAUAUUAACAUACCACAUUUACCUCACAAUAGCAGUUUUUGUAGAAAGUGUUUAAUUGUUUUUUUUUUUUACAAGUUUGUAAGGAAACUGUUUACUUCCACUCAUUAUGUGAAAUAUAUUUGUAUUAUGUAAGGACCCUUCUGUUAUAAUUGAGCAGUGUAUCCUUAUUUGCUUCACACUUGAUCCAAAUUAUGUAACGGAUUAUGAUUUUUACCUUUUUUUUUCUUUUGUAUAGAUCAUGAAAUAUUUCAUGUGAACUUUAUUAAUGGUCAACUUAGUGUGUGUGGUGCACCAUUUCUGACAUCAAUAAAAUGUUCCUGCCAACCUAA